GUACUCCCGGGCAUCUCCUCUGAAUUUCAAAAGUCCAAUCAAGCCAGUUGGCUUGGCACAGCAUAUCUUCUUGCCACAUGUACUUUCACACCUCUUUAUGGUCGUUUGUGUAACGUCAUGGGACGUCGAGGUGCGAAUCAGACAGCUGUAUUUUUUGCAGCCUUAGGAACGCUGGCAUGUGGCCUUUCGAGUAACAUGUCUAUGCUCAUCGCUGCGAGAUUCCUUGGCGGUCUCGGUGGGGGAGGGAUUUAUACAACUGCGACAAUCAUUACGAGUGACAUGUACAGCAUGAGGUCCCGCGGACUUACUCAAGGCGUUGCAAGUGUUUUUAAUGGGCUUGGUAUGGGGCUAGGGGGUCCGCUAGGAGGCAUGAUUAGCGAUCGUUUCGGGUGGCGCUGGGCUUUCUUAUUGCAGAUGCCGCUCUUUAUGCUGUCGUUCUUCUUGACUUCAAUCAAUCUACAAUACGUCACGCCUGGUAGGAGCAAGAACACGAAGGAAGUCCUAAAGAGGAUUGAUUAUGGGGGAAGUGCUACAUUGUUGGGAGCGGUACUAUCGUUCCUUCUAUUCUUGAGUAACCGUUAUAAUGAAGAACACGAGUGGAGAGAUGCAUCAGUCAUCAUGCCUUUUGUCUUGGCUUUUGUCCUAUUGGCCACAUUCGUCGUUUUCGAACUACGUGUCGCCAAAGAGCCCAUGCUUGCACCCUUCUUGCUGAAGCAAAAGAUCCCUGUCUUAGUUGGCAUCAACAAUUUUCUGGUCGCCAAUUGCAAUUUCGCAAUCAUGUAUUUUUUCCCCAUGUGGUUCCAGACGGUCCCCUUAACUAGCGCAUCUGAGGCUGGACUGCACCUCCUCCCCAAUAGUGUUUCGAUGUCUCUCGGAUCCAUGUUUGCCGGAUGGAUGAUGCAUCGCACUGGCAAGUACAAGAAGAUCAACCUUGUUUUCGGCUUCUUCCCUUUCAUAGCUGCGGUGUCCAUCACAAUGAUGAAGGAAGACUCGCCUCCUUUGCAGCAGUGGUUAAGUAUCAUACCUCUUGGGUUUGGAAAUGCUGUAGUCUUGCAGACCAUGCUGAUUGCUCUACUAGCACAUCUUCCACAAUCUGCGAUGGCCGUAGGGACUGGGUUUGGUCAAUUAUUUCGGGGUCUUGGCCAAGUUUGCGGUGUUGGCGUCUCCUCAGCUAUCUUUCAGUCAAGAUUGGAUGCUGAAUUACGGCGUCGGAUACAUGGGCCCGAUGCAGACGAGAUCCGGAAGAAUAUCCGUCAUUCUGCUCGUCUUGUAUCCAGCUUGCCCCCGAGGCUUCAACGCGACGCUCGUGAAUCAUAUGCACUUGCCUUGCGCUCGGUCUUCAUUGUAGCCGCGGUAUCAACACUGCUUGCCUACCUCGUCCGCCUACCAGCACGUGUCUUUCCUAAUAUCGGUGAUUUUUUUCUCACUUGGCAUCCUGUUCUCCUCAGAUACCUGAGAAGGUGCUUGAGCAUCAACCGCCGCAGCCGCCUGCAGAAAGUCGCACAGAUGUUGAGGAACCGCCGUCCGUUCGGGAGACCCCGCUCCAUAGUGACGACGAAAUCGAAGACGAAGAGCCAACAUCGGCGACUCAGCCAAUUCCUGUGUUGA